AUGGGUAUCCCCGUCACUCAUGGACGCUGUGACUACCUUCUAGGACCAUUUGGCCUUGGCAGCAGGAGAGAUCUGACAGCAGAUGCAUCCAGUUGCAGCCAAUGUCCAGAUGACCAGCAUUCCAAUAAGAACAGAGAUCAAUGUGUCCAAAAGGUUAUCAGCUUCCUAUCCUUUGAAGAAAUGUUGGGUCUCAUCUUGGCUUCCUUGGCCCUUGCUUUCUCCCUAACCACCAGCUUCAUCUUGGGAAUCUUCAUUAAAUACCGAGAAACUCCCAUUGUCAAAGCCAACCACCGAGAACUCACCUACAUUCUCCUGGUUUCCCUCCUCCUUUCCUUCUUGACCUCCCUUCUAUUCAUUGGUCACCCCAGGAAGGUGACCUGCCUUCUUCGACAAACCACUUUCAGCGUUGUUUUCUCAGUGGCUGUCUCUUCAUUGCUGGCCAAAACUAUCAUGGUGGUGGUGGCAUUUCAGGCCACAAAGCCAGGCAGCAGGAUGAGGAAAUGGCUGGGGAAGACUCUGGCUAACUCCAUUGUCUUGUCCUGCUCUGGGGUUCAGGGGGGCAUCUGCAUGAUAUGGCUGGGAAUCUCUCCCCCAUUCCCAGACUCUGACAUGCAUUCCCAACCAGGACAUAUCCUGUUGCAGUGCAAUGAAGGCUCAGUCUCCAUGUUCUACGGUGCACUGGGCUACAUGGGCUUUCUGGCUGCCAUCUGCUUCUUGGUUGCUUUCCUAGCUCGCAGGCUGCCAGGGAGCUUCAAUGAAGCCAAGUGGAUCACCUUCAGCAUGCUGGUUUUCUGCAGCGUUUGGGUCUCCUUUGUGCCCACCUACCUGAGCACCAAAGGGAAAUACAUGGUGGCUGUCCAGAUCUUCUCCAUCCUGGCCUCCAGCCUGGGCUUACUGGGCUGCAUCUUUGUCCCCAAAUGCUACAUCCUCCUCCUGAGACCUGAUGUGAACACCAAGGAGCACCUAAUA